ACAACAUCUACUGGAUCGGUGCGUUGUAUACCAGUCUUUAGAUUAAGUCCAAAGAAUUUUAUGAUCAUCAUUACAAUAUCAUAAUGAGUUUUGCCGACCAGAAUGGAAUGAUGUCGACAGACCAAGACUUUCAUCUGUCUAAGGAACAAGCUUUGCGUGCCUCGUAUUGGUGUGGAGUGACCUAUUUCGAACAUCACCAGCGAGUCGGGGAAAGUUUUAACACAGCAGACCCAAUCUUCUGCAUUGAUGGAUUCACAGACGCUUUCGACACAAAGAGAUUUUGUCUUGGCAACUUGACCAAUGUUCACAGAACGCAAUCGGCAGAUGUUACAAGACGCCAUAUUGGUAAAGGUGUGCAGCUGACCUACAAUGGACAGGAAGUGUACGUCGAAUGCCUUAGUGAUAGGGCUAUAUUCGUGCAAAGCCCUCUGACCAAUCACCAGUAUAAAUGGCAUCCCAACAUGGUCUGCAAAAUCCCACCAGGAUGUAAACUCAGGAUCUUCGACAAUCAGGAGUUCGCUUCCUUGCUGGCCCAGUCCUUCGAGCAAGGCUUCGAGUAUGUGUACAAGCUUACAAAGAUGUGUACCAUUCGCAUGAGUUUUGUCAAAGGCUGGGGAGCUGAGUACAGGAGACAAACGGUGACCGAUACACCAUGUUGGUUGGAAAUUCGUCUUAACACACCGUGUAAAUGGCUAGACAAAGCACUCGCUCAGCUGGGGUCACCAAACUUCAGGUGCUCAAGUAGGUAGGCUCUACCACCCAAUCAUGACGUCAUCAACAAAGAAAAUCACAUCAAGAAUUCAGAGUGUAGUUUCAUUUUAAAGAAAAUGCAGCGGUCUUUGUAUUUUUGGAAAAAUGUCAUUGGCAAAAAUGAGGGACUCUUAUGAAUAAAGGAAAUUUUAUAUAUAUAUUUUUUCUUUGCUUAAAGGAACAACGUAUUAAUUUUGUAUAUCGGGCAAAUAUCAAUUCGGUUAAAAUCAAAUAAUUUUCAGAUGAAAUGACAAUGCAUGAAGAAAAUUAAUGUUAAAAGAAUUUAUGGGCUAUAUUAAGGAUUUUUUUUUACUUUGAUUCGGUUUCCUUGGAUUUUGUUUUGGGGUAACGUUAUGUUUUGUUUUGGUUUUUUUGUUGUUAUUUUUUUUUUGUUUUUUUUGUUUUUUGGUGAAAAAUCAAAAGUUGUCGUUAUUUGUGUCGUAUUUGUCAAUAUCACCGGAAGGCUUGUAAAACUAAAUUGCUGUGGAAAUGUAAAAGUAUUGAAUACACUAGUAAGGUGAAAUGAUUUUAAUGGAUUUGUACAUUUGAAAGAAAACAAAACUUAAAUUAUCAAAUGAAAAAAGUCGUUUGUUUUUACAAUUUGGCACCGCCCUAUUCUUUUAUAUCUUCAAGUGGAAGUUAAGUACCGACAGUACACUUUCGUUUUGUUAAAACGAUUCUUAAAACAUCAGUGAUAGCAAUUUCGUUUUUUUCUUUGAUAUAUCAAAAUGUUAUCUGUAUUAUUCACUUGUUGGACGAUUCUUAUUCAUUUUACACCGAAAUAAGGUUUUCAUAAGAAUGUGUGGAUUUUUUUUUCACAUUUUAUACUUGUUGUUACAAUAAAGGCUUUUACAAGUAUUUGUUAAGUUUACAUGUGUGCGAUGUAUGGAAAAAAAGUUAUAACAUUUUAAGUUCACUAGAUAUAUUUGUACAUGUAUCCACUAAAUUAUGCUUCCCUCUAUUUUUUUCGGACAUUGAUUGCAAUUCAUGCAUGCAUUAAAGGACAGAAAACUCUGAACAAGCAAUCCAAAGCACGACUUAGUUGUCGGUGUAAAAAAAUACACGCUGUCUUCUACUUUUCAAAAACUUAAAGGUCAUAUGAAACGAUAUUCUGACCAUAUUGACUUAUAUACGGGAAUGAGUUCAUAAGUGCCUAUUUAAUAUGACUGACAAUGUUUUUUGGAUAUUUUAUGCAAAAUAUCAGCGCCACGGUCGAUCAAAAUUUCUCAAUCGGGAAUAGGAGCAUCGACCUACGCGGCUUACCUUAGGCACGUAGCAUCAGGGGAGGA